AUGGCUGGACCGGCAUCCGGCGAAAUCCGCGUCGUCUACGUCGCGCUGGGAACCGAAGCGCCGCUGACCACCGAGCUGGUGCACGAGCUAGCCAUCGGCCUGGAGCUCGCCGGGACGCCAUUCCUGUGGGCUCUGAGGAAGGUCGGCGACCAAGACGUUCUUCCUCCGGGCUUCGAGGAGCGCGCCAAGGGCCGUGGCAUCGUGGCGAUGGGGAUGGUUCCGCAGACGAGGAUGCUAGCGCACGGCUCCGUGGGCGCGUUCCUCACGCACAGCGGGCCGGGCUCCGCCAUCGAGGGGAUCCAGUAUGGGCAUCCCCUCAUCAUGCUGCCCUUCUUCGGAGACCAACAGACGGGGGCUCAGUUCAUGGAGAGGAAGAAGGUGGGUCUGCUGGUGCCGAGGAACGGGGAGGAUGGAGUGUCUUUUGACCGGCAAGGCGUCGCGUCGACGGUCCGGGCCGUCGUGGUGGACGAGCAAGCAGGACGCCUCUUCGCCGCCAAUGCCAAGAAGUGGCAGCAGGUUGUCGCGGACACUGCCUGCCAUGAGAGGUACAUCGAUGAGUUCGUUCAGCAACUCAGGUUCUACAAGGACCAGUGA